AUCUUCAGCUUCAGAUCUCGAUCCGGCAUGACCCCGCUUGAAGAGCACACGCAGAAGCGUGCAGCAUUGAUAAAUGCAGACAGGGCCCUCCGUGUUGACCAUGCACGACUACCGCACUCAAUGGAGUUAUGUGCUGAUAAGAUUACCCGUCGCAUCCGUACUGAAGAGGCUACAACCGUCUGGGGCGUGGAACAUGAGAAUGUCCCACAUCCAUUCCCGGGGAUGGAGUUCCUAACAGGGAAGGCUAUAAUUUCAAGCACGCGCCUCUUUGGGAUCAUCAGGAAGAUGCCAAAAGGCGCACUUCUUCAUGCCCAUCUCGAUCUGACCGUCGAUCCCUAUACUCUACUCCACUUUGCGCUUCGAUACCCGUCCUUCCAUAUCCGAUCGUCGGAGGUCAUUACCUCCUCGAAUAUUUCUUCUAUCGUGCCAGAAAUUAGACCUCUAGCACCAGAUUUUCCUGCGGAGGCUUCUUCCUUGACGGAUCCAAGUUACCCACCGAUGUCCUGGGUCCCAUUCAGCCGGGCACGCGAACGGUUUGAUGAAGCUUUUGGAGGCCCAGAAGGUUUCGACAGAUGGGUGACCGGCUACAUGUCCAUCAAUCCCAGCGCUGCAUAUGUCACACACAAUAAUAACAUUCGGAUCUGGGACAAAUUUCGCUCUGCGGCCUUAUUGAAUAUGAACAUUGUAUAUUAUACACCUCUAUGGAGGCAGUACAUCAGACAGUUUCUGGAAGACAUCGCUGCGGAUGGCAUACUUUACGUCGAGGUACGCAUAAAUUUCACCCGUAGAUUCAUGGUCGGCGCCGAUGGAAAGAUGGACGUGCCACAUAUCGAAUGGCUUAAGAUAUUUAAGCAAGUAGUAGACAAUUUCAAGCAAGAAAGGGAAGACUUCUUUGAUGCCAAAGUUAUAUAUACUGUCAUCCGGGAUUGCGAUGCGGCCGGAUUAGAGGAGCACCUGGAAGACUGCCUGCAUAUGAAAAAAGAGUUUCCUGAUACCAUCAUUGGAUUUGACCUCGUCGGGGACGAAAAUAUACUCGUCCCGUUGAAGGAUUACUUAGAACCCCUCCUCCAGUUCAAGGAACGGCAGAAGCACGAGGGUGUAUCGAUACCUUACAUUUUUCAUGCUGGGGAGACCUGUGGCGAUGGAACCAAAGGUGACGAGAAUCUUUAUGAUGCCAUUCUUCUUGGAACGAAACGCAUUGGGCACGGAUUUUCGCUAGUCAAGCACCCCAAGUUGAUGCAAAUAUGCAGAGAACAAGGAAUUGCUUUGGAAGUUUGUCCGAUCUCUAAUGAGAUCUUGCGCUUGACGGCAUCGAUGCCCAUGCAUCCACUACCAAUCUUGUUGAAUCAUGGUGUUCCAGUAGCCCUCAGUUCAGACGACCCAGCUAUAUUUCAGAAUAUGGGUUUGUCUUAUGACUUUUACCAGGUUGUCGUUGCAAGCGAAGUGACCGGUCUCCUCACACUUGCGCAUCUGGCGCGGGAUAGCAUUACGUACUCCAUGCUGGAAGGUGCUGAAAAGGUGAAGUUGAUGCAGAUGUGGAAGGAUCGAUGGUUUAAGUUCCUCUUGGAGUUGGUGAGUUCUGAAAAGGGUCAAAACUGAAUGCUCCCCUGUGUUGGUGUGUGUGGUGUUAUUUGGCCUUGAGGACCUGUAGGCUAGUCUGUCGUCGUGUACAAUAUAUCCGCU